AUGAAAUUGGCCCUGAUUCUGUUCGCCUGUCUUGCCGUUGCGUUGUCGCUCCCUUUGGAGGACAAAAAGAAUGGGCUGAAGCAUGACUCCAAGGAGGUCAAGGACUUGGAAGCCGGCUUGAAGGACAGUAAAGAGAAGGAGAGUUACAAGAAGUUUGUGGAUUUCAUCAAAAAGUAAGCACACAUAAUUUCCUGAUUCAUAACCUUCGAUGCUUUGUCAUAAAAUCAUUUCUCUAGACACCACAGACACUACGCCGACAAAGACGAACUCAAAAAGCGGUUCAAGAACUUCCAAGCCAGUUUGGAGAAGGUCCAGCAGUACCAGAAGAGCAACCCUAAGGGCAAAUACGGAGUCAAUAAGUUCUCCGACUUUGAGCCUUCCGAAUUCUACGAACUCCACGCUGGUGAGCAUAAGCAUCAUAUCCUUCUUCACAAGCUUUAA